CGCUCACCGCCGCCUAAUCCAGAAACGAGCGAAGAAAAAAAAGAGGAGCAAAAAUUCCGGUGGAAACACGUCCGUCGCCCGUGACGAGGUGGAAACCCAAAACCUCGUCGGCGGCUUCCCCAAUCCCCUCCCUCCGCCGCCGCCGUCUCGGUCUCGCCGGAUAAGGAGGAGGAGGAGAGGAGAUCGCCGGCGAGUCCCUCCCGAAUGAACAUACUCGAGAGGAUACGCGGAGGCGGCGACAGGGCGGCCGUGGGGGAGGGGCCGCGGGAGCCGGAGCCAUGGGUGGAGAUUUCGGAGUCCAUCUCUCGGCUCUGCAGCUUCGACGCCGGCAGAGUCUCUGUAAAAGUUAUCCAAGAUUCGAGACCAAUACAUGAUAAGAUGAUCGAUUCUUUCUUGAACAAAUUUUUUCCAUCAGGCUAUCCAUACAGUGUGAAUGAGGGUUACCUAACUUACACCAAAUUCCGAGCGCUCCAGCAUUUUUCUAGUGCUAUGCUGCAUGUGCUAUCAACCCAGUCUUUGUUGUUUGCUGCAGGUUUGCGACCUACCCCUGCACAAGCAACUGCUGUAAGUUGGAUUCUAAAAGAUGGAAUGCAGCACGCAGGAAAGCUCAUAUGUAGUGGCAUGGGGGCAAGAAUGGAUUCAGAGCCAAAGAGUUGGAGGAUACUUGCUGAUGUUCUCUAUGAUUUUGGUACUGCCUUAGAAGUCAUUUCACCUUUGUGCCCACAACUUUUUCUUGAAGUAGCAGGCUUCGGAAACUUUGCAAAGGGAAUGGCUGUUGUUGCAGCAAGAGCGACAAGGCUACCAAUCUAUUCUUCUUUUGCCAAGGAAGGUAACCUUAGUGACUUAUUUGCUAAAGGGGAAGCCAUCUCAACACUUUUCAAUGUCAUGGGAAUAGGUGCUGGCAUUGGAUUAGCAUCUACGGUGUGCUCAACAACUCAAGGGAAGUUAAUUGCAGGCCCAUUGCUUUCUGUUGUACAUAUAUAUGGAGUUGUGCAAGAGAUGAGGGCAACUCCUGUAAACACACUUAAUCCGCAAAGAACAGCAAUGAUUGUUGCUGAUUUUAUCAAGAGUGGAAAGGUUUCCAGCCCAGCUGAGCUAAGAUAUCGAGAAGAUCUUCUUUUUCCUAACCGAUUAAUAGAAGAAGCAGGAAGUGUGAAAAUUGGACAACCAGUCCGCAGAGUUCUUAGCCCACAGCGUAUCGAACAGCUGAAAGCAACUUUCUCAAAGGAGAAAUUUUUGCUUAGUCGAAAAGACAACAGUGCAUACAUGGUUCUUGAGCAGAGUGCAACGGGAGAAGAUGCACUGAGGGGAUGGCUAGUUGCUGCCUUUGCUUCAGAAAUGGAAAGAUCAGGUGUUGGUUCAGGUGAUACAGUUCUAAAUGUAGCCUACGAGAGGAUGGAGAAUGUGUUCCCCAUGUUUGUGGCAGAAGUUAAGAGUAGAGGCUGGUACACAGAUCAAUUUUUAGACGGAAAUCGGAGUCGAAUUGCAUAUGCAAAUCCCAUCAGCGGUAGUGCUUUAUGACAACAAUUUUCGGAGUUGAAGAGAUGAGCAGAUAACUUAUUUUUCACUUUGCAUUGUUUGUAAAACAUUUGUUUUAAUGAAAUAGGCCCAUCGUGUCUUGAGUAUAGACAUGGUAAAUGUAUCACUGAAUCGAGUGAAUGCUUUCUGACGGCCAGAAUUUAAAUCGAUAGCAACUGCUAGUUCAAAGAGGAUA